GGGCGCGUCGCCACUUGCUCCCCGCGGCCAGGCACGGACUGUUUUUUGGCUGUUGCCAGGAAUUGCCGAGCACCACCACCACCACCACCGGGAUUCUGCAUGUGCUAGAGGCUGGGAGAGGCUCGUGCCCACUUAAGUGCCAGCCAUGUCUAUGUACCUGAAGCAUUUCACGGUUGUGGGAGACGAUCCGGCUCAGUGGAACAAUGAGUACAGGAAGUGGGAGGAGGAGGAGAUGGAGGAGGAAGGGGAAGGAAAGACAGCCGAGACGGCCGUGAAAGUGGAUGCUGCAUGCAGGAAGCCCACCUUCCGGGAAGUUAUGAGAAAGCUCUUCCAGUCACACAAAUUUCAGAUCCUGGUCGUCUGCCUGGUUAUCUUGGAUGCUGUGCUGGUCCUUGGGGAACUGGUUCUGGAUUUGAAAAUCAUCCAUCCGGACAAAGAGGAGAUUGCGCCCAAGGUCUUCCACUACCUGAGCCUUUCCAUCUUAUCGCUCUUUCUGGUGGAACUUGGCUUUAAGCUCUUUGUCUUCCGCCUGGAGUUCUUCCACCACAAGUUUGAGGUCCUAGAUGCUGUUGUCAUCAUCAUCUCGUUCGUUCUGGACGUUGUUCUCCUGUUCCGGGAGCACGAGUUCGAAGCGCUUGGAUUGCUCAUCCUCCUCAGACUCUGGCGAGUGGCCAGGAUUAUAAAUGGAAUAAUCCUGUCGGUGAAGACACGCUCCGAGCAACAGCUGUCCAAACUGAAGCAAACCAACACGCAGCUCUCUGCGAAGGUCGAGCAGCUGGAAAGUAGCUGCGCAGAGAAGGAGCUAGAAAUUGGAAGGCUCAACAACCUUUUGAAGCAACACGGGCUUCUCAGCCAUCCCAAAUAGAUGUCUGGCUGCCCAGAUUGGGGCAAGGCCCUUCGCUGGAGUAAGGGUCAGCACCAGGAAGCUAACUCACUCUUCCGUA